AUGAGUCAGUUGACUAGCGACGCCUUGCAGCUGGGCCUGGCAGUGACAGAAGAUGAUUUACACGCGACUCUCGUUCAGUUGACUCAACUCAAAGUUCCCCAGCUAAAAGAGCUAUGCAAGCUGACAGGACUAGCGCAAAAGGGCAAGAAACAAGACCUCAUCGACCGUUUGGCACAAUUUGUAAAUGCUUGUGCAGCAUCAAGAGAAAAAUCGCUCCUUCUAGCUGUUCGGACAGUGGUCUUAAAGGCUUUGAAUAACGAUCCUAUUCCCAACUUUUCAAGCUUGUCAACAGUAUUACGCACUGGUAUAGUAGAUUACCAACUGAUCACGAACCAGAUUGCAACUCUUGAGCGCAACAGACCCAUGGGGCAUUCCAAUAAGAGAGCGCAUCCCUCAUAUGGCUCACACCAACCGACGUCCUCUAACAAGAUGUCUAGUCCGUCACAGACGUCUUCAUACUACCCAAAGUAUCAAGGUCCGAUGCUCUUAUUCAGAAGUACUAUAUUCUAUACCCUACGAAGAAUGGUUCAUGGAUUUCCUUAUGUCAUGUCAGCGAGUAUGGGACGAAACGUAUGUAACGUUCCUGUAAAUCUCAACGGAGAAGAAAUAGAGGCAUUGAAACAGUCCAGAACAGCCCGGAUUUAUUUGUUCUGUGCCCUUUCGUCAACACCAGAUCCUAAUUCUGCAGACAUUCAAUUUCCUCCUAUAGAAAUUUAUGUUGACGGUGUUAAUACCAAGCAGUAUGUGAAAGGUUUGAAAGGAAAGGUAGGUACUUGCCGACCCGCAGAUCUUACCGGCACCAUAAAGGACAUCAACAGACAGUUUACAAUCAACAUUGUAUAUUCAGAUGCUGCUGAACCCUACAUUGUUUACUUAUACAUUGUUGAUGCCCGAUCACCGCAGCAGAUAAUUGAUAAUGUGGUUAAUGGGGACAACUUUAUCCCAUCGAAUGUGACCAAACGCGAAAUUCAAAGAGAGUAUGAGCUGAACCAAGACGACGAUAUUGUGAUGGCAACGUCUUCCAUUUCAUUACGAUGCCCACUCACAUAUGCACGAAUGACAUAUCCUGUGAAGAGUACGCAAUGUGCUCAUAUUCAAUGUUUUGACGGGCUUUCAUUUCUUACAAUGCAAGAAAGAAUUCCAUCAUGGAUAUGUCCUGUUUGUUCUUCAAAGAUAGAUCAACUGCUGUUAGCUCUUUCUCAGUAUAUGAAGGAGAUCUUGAACUCCACUUCCGAAGAUGUGGAUACUGUUAUUUUAAACCCAGAUGGUUCUUGGCAAGUUGCUGAAGGGACCGGAGACUCGAACAACUCAGACGAGAAACCUUCGGUACCAGAUCCUGUUUUCACUUCAUCUUCAGCAGAGAAAUCUCAUGCUGCCGAUGAUAUGGUUGAAAUUAUUUCUCUAGACAGCGAUUCUGAGGACGACCAGCCGAAUGUAACCAUAAAUGCUACUCCACCAGAAGCUCAGAACGGUAACACCUCCAUUUUGCAUCGCAAUGAUGAUCAUUCGAGCAACCCAACAAGCAACGCAAGUAACUCUACAAACAAUUUUGCUGGUUCAUCGACUGAAACAAGCAUAUCGAAACAAGUUAAUAUCCAAGAACCCCUGUCAUAUUAUUCUGAAGUGAAUACAGCUACAACAGAGCCGAUCGAUAAUGUUUCUUCGGAUGACGAACCAAUACAAAACUACAGUCGGCGAAAAAGCAAUAUGAUUACAGAAGUGUCUGUUCCGUCUUCAACAACAUCCUCUCCACAGCUACAUACGACUAUUGCUGCCACUGAUGAUCUGGGUCAAAGAGAAUCACCUAUUGAUAGAUCUCCAAUAUCAGUUGACUCAAACGUGAUUCCUUCGAAGCGGAACUUUCCUAAUAUGGACAUGGAGACUACUAACAAUGAAGCUAAUAAGUCUCAUGAGCUGAUGGGAUACGGGAAAGCGACGAAUACGAGACCUGCAAACAGCAGUUUGGUCUCCGUAAUAGAAUCAGGGAACACGAGGCAUAACAUGACUUAUAAUGAGGUGAAUGACGACAACUCUGCAAGGCAGAUACCUCCUGAGACAACACUGGGCAAUCAAAUACACACAGUGCUGGCAUUGUCAUCUCCACCAUCUCUCCAUCUGGUAUUAGCUGGAGAGACACCUCUACCUAAUGGUAAUGAUAACCAUAAUGUAUCGAAAAAUAAUCAGACACCUCACGCGAGCAUACAAGGGCCAUUGAUCAACAACGCGAGGCCUUUAGCAGACCCACCAGUACCAACUUUAACGGUGCCAACAAAUGGGACUGGACCUUUAAAACAUAAGCCAGCUGAAGUUCCGACUAGCGAGAAAGCACCAUAUGUACGUAAUUCUCUGGCCCCUGCAUUCCAAAGAACUAUUGCUUCAAAUAUGUCUGAGGCGCCUCCUCCGUUGAAUAGCCACUCCAGUGCACCAAGCUUGAAUACACCAACCAGCUUAGAAUGGAUGAAUUUUGCGAACCCUCUACCCGGUGCUAAAGGCUCUCAAGAAGGAUCUAUUAUUGCGACAAUCCAGCAAAUGUUCUCGCGAUCAUCAUCUCCAACACUGCCCUCGCCUAUUGUUGGGACACAUUCACUGGAAAAUAGCAAAAGGCUGGCUGUGGACGGAGUCCCUCCUUGCAAUACCGAGAAGCUAGGUUUAUCACUGGAAUAUCCAGCCCAAACCUUUCGGUCAUCAGCAAGUAGAGGCAUAGUGAGUGCUUCUCAAAGCCUGGUGCAACAACCAUAUCCGGGAAUUCCAACGAAUCUAAACGGACAAGCAGUUAGUACCACAAAUCGCACACCUGAGCAGGAACUAAACAAGAAUAGUCCUGGAUUUCAAAGUCUUCAAACUGGGAGAGCUGACACUUAUCGGAGUAUGGUACAAAAUUCGUCACAACUUAUCAACUCAUACCGACAAAUGGAGAGAUCAAAUAUCAGUAAUUGGAAUACCGAUGCCAUCGUUAAUACAAGGAGUGUCCCAGAAAUAACGCAGUUUGUUACUGCGCAACAAGAACGGGCUCACUUGCAAUACCCCUCGCCCUCUUCCAUUACAAGUCACAAUGCCUCAUUUUCACACAAUCUUCCGCAAUCACAUGUGAGGACGCAUCCUUCAACUUCAACGAACGGGACUAGAUACUCAAGAUCCGCAUUUGACACUCUACGUGAAGAGCAAGAAAAACAAAAGGUCAAAGGGCUUUUGGGCAUCGAAAUUGCAACUGAUUUUCUCUUGUCAGGAUCUCCAACACCAGAAAGAAUUAUAGAAAAAGAAAAUGGGAAUGGAACUGGACAUAUUUCAAAUCAGCUGUCGCUUGAAUCACGUUUACUAUACAAUCUGCCAGGACUUGAUAGAAGUUCUACAUCAUCAACUGCAGAAGCCAUUUCAACGAAUUAUACUCCUACAUCUCCUUCUGCUCGGAAGCGAUCGAUCUCUGGAUCCACUCAUCCUCAAAAGACAUGGAACAAGAGACUUAAUAAACAGAAGUUCGAUCCGAGUGAAAUCAAUGAAGCACACGUUAUAGAAUUGGACGAUUGA